AGUCGAAGAGAGUGGACGUAUACGCGCCGUCGUCCCUCGAGAACGCCCAAAGAGAAUUGCCUUGUUUGAGUGCCGUUUGAUCUUCCAACUUUUUCUUUCUUUCGUCCGAGAGAAAAGGAAUAGAGUGUGGAAACCGCGGAGGUGUGUUGGGUAUUUCGCCACCGUUUCGAGAGGGGGGGAGUGCGUGCGUGCGUGUGAGUCGCUUCGAAAACGCGAUAUGUGACUCUUGUCGUCUCUCUUUCGCCUCGUGUUCGCGAACAGGAGGAGGAGGAAGCGGCGAGGCGAACGUUGGCGAAAUUUAAAUGCCAACGAGGAAUUCGCGCGAGGCAGUGUUGCCAGCGGCGGCGUGAAGCGAAAGAAGGAGGUGGGAGAACGCGGAGAAAUCGCGAAGAAGGUGUGAAAAGUGGAGAGAAGAUAGAAAGAGAGAGAGAGAUAACAGAAGAAAAGAGAAGGUGGCCGGAGUUCUGAAAGAAAAAAAAAAAACAUUCGAGAAAGGUUCGAACAAGACACGUGUUUUGUUGAAGCUUUAUUAAACCAAACACAUUUUUUUCUGUGAACACGUGUCUCCGGAGAGAGAAAAAGUAAAACAGAAAAGAGUAAAAAGGGUACAGAAGAAGACACGUAAUUACCGAAGGAGAAAAAGGAGAGAAGAUAACGCAGAAUAACAAGCGCAACACAUGUGCAAUUGGCUGGCGUUUGAUCAGCCUUGAGAGACCUGUUUUAAACCCACACAAAGAGCCUCUUUCCCUCUUCCCCCCCUCCCCCCCGUGCCCCAUACCCUGCCCUAGCCCCUGUCCAUACCCCUCCUUCGCUCACGCCCAGAAGAAUCUCGCAAGAAGACUGCAAUAAAAGGAGGAAUUAAAGCGACGCGAUAACACAAAUAACAGAAAGGAUAUGUGAAAGAGAAAGGAGCAAGAGAGAGAGAGGAACGAGAGGCACUUGGAGAGAGAAAAUGCCCAGUGCCUUUGCCUCCCGAGCAGGACAAGGGGAUUAUCCGAGAAAUUCCGAAAGAAUGAGACAUGUUCGGAUGAGCGAGGAAACCGACACGCCCAGACGCCGCUGCAGCGAAUUCCGACUGAAGGGAAUUUAGAAGAAAAAAAAAACACAAAACAAAGACAAAUCAAAACAAGACAUUUUUUUAAAAGUGCUAUGUUUUUUUACUCUGUAUAGGAAAGAAAACUUCUUUUUAGCUCGAGACAGAAGGAAAGGAAGUGGGGUAACGGAAGAUAAAUAAGUAGAUAGAAAAAGUGAGGAAGUUCGUUACAGCAAAUGCGAUAAUCAGAAGUGAAUGUCAAACGGAGGCAGGCAAAGGAAGCCACGGGGACAGAUCGUACCAGUGAAGUGUAAGACAGAAGAUAAUCCCGUCCCAGACUUUCUUGAAAAAAAAUCUCGGAAAGUCUUCUUAACAGUGGAAAAUAAACAAGAAAAAAGGAAACAAAUAAACAAAAACAAAAAACAACAACAAAUAACAACAGCGACGUCAAAACAGCGAGGAAACCGAAGAACAGAGCCAAGGCUGGCUUUCGGAACCCGUCAUCGGUGCUCAGACGCUGCUGACAUAACACGUCCUUGUCGCACUAGAAGGCUCGAGAAAGGUUGUGUGAGUCAAGUGCGAGUCCUUCGGGAGGGAGUGGAAGUCAUACUCGAACCACCUCGCGCGCAGAAAGAAAACAGAUAGACAAACGAGGGAAAAAAUUAAGCAAAUCAUAAACGGAGGAGGAACAGAAUUACUCUCCCCCCGUCAAAAGCCUUCGAAGAAUUUUUUUUUCAGAACCCAAAGUGAGAGAGUGAAUCUUUUCGCGAAAGUGCUUGCGUGAACAACAACAACAACUUAAACAAGACAAUCCUCCCUGGCAAAAACAAAUAAUAAUAAAAAACAACAGCCAUGAGGUCCCUAAGCGCGGGCGUAGGUGUCCUGGACGCCCACAAAGGCUACCUGGAGCUCACCGAGGAGGCGCUGGAGCAGCUCAUCAGGAGGGAGCCCAUCGCCGAGCACUACGAGGUGGAGCACACGCCCUUCGCCAGAGGCAAGUUCGCCGCCGUGCGCCGCGCCCGCUGCCUGGCGUCGGGCACGUGGUUCGCCGCCAAGUUCAUGCGCAAGCGUCGGCGCGCGCAGGACGUGCGCCACGAGAUCCUGCACGAGGCGGCUGUGCUGCUCCUGACGCGGCCCUGCGCCAGGAUCGUGUCGCUGCACCAGCUGUUCGAGAGCGCCUCGGAGGUCAUCCUCGUCCUCGAGCUCGCGUCCGGAGGCGAGCUGCAGAGAGUCAUCGACGAGGAGGAGCGCCUGGAGGAGGAGGUCGUGCGGCGCUACAUGCUCAACAUCCUCAGCGCUCUUCGCUACCUCCACGCGCACAACAUCGCUCACUUGGAUCUGAAGCCCCAGAACCUGCUGCUGACGGGCCAGCACCCGGACAGCGACGUCAAGCUGUGUGACUUCGGGAUCUCGCGCAUCCUGCUGUCGGACAUCGAGGUGCGGGAGGUGCUCGGGACGCCGGACUACGUCGCGCCGGAGAUCCUGCAGUACGAGCCCAUUAGCCUCGCCACGGACAUGUGGUCGGUCGGCGUGCUGACCUACGUCCUCCUGACGGGCCACUCGCCCUUCGGAGGAGACACGAAGCAGGAGACGUUCCUCAACAUCUCGCAGGGCCACGUCGACUUCCCGGAGGACCUGUUCGAGGGCGUGUCCCAGCAGGGCAAGGACUUCAUCUCGCACCUCCUCGUGGUCGACCCCAGCGGCCGCCUCACGGUGGACGAGGCCCUCGAACACCAGUGGCUCCGUACGGCGCCCACGCCCGCGCAGCCGCCCCCGCUCGUGCCCGCGGCCAGCGCCCCCGCCCGCCCCGAAGGACACGCCACCCGAGAGCAGGCGGCGCCCCGCCCCAGAACCCCGCCCACCGACGCCCGUUGCGCGAGCCCCAGGGCCAGCGCCUCCCCCCGCGCCCGCAGACACGGCGAGGCAGCGGCCGUGGGCGCUACCGGGCUCUCCCUCGGCGUCCGCAGGGACUCGUCGCCGCGCCCGUCCUCGCCGGCGCGGUCCUCCGACCACAGGGUCAAGCUGCACGUGUCCAACUUCAACCUGAAGGCGGCGUCGACGGCGGACCUCUCGACGAAGGCCAAGAGCUUUCCCGCCCCGUCGCGCCUGUGCAGGGAGCGGGCGGAGGGCCCCGCCGCCGCCGCGACGCCCUCGCCGCGGCUCACCAAAGAGCCCGAGACCAGCGGCCCCUUCGGCUCGAGCAGGGAGGCCGUCGCGCCGCCCGCGAGCCUCGGCAGAGAGCCCGCGUCCGUGGGUCUGAGCCGCGAACCCGCCCCCUCGUCCCUGGCCCUGAGCCGCGACCCCGCCCCCGCGUCCCUGGCCCCGAACCGCGAGGCCGUGACGACGUCCCUGAGCCUGAACCGUGAGGCCGACGGCACGUGGCGCACGGCGGACUCCGUCAACAAGGAGAACAACCAGAACAGCAUCAACAAGGAGGAGGCGCCGCACAUCUCAAGCCCCUGCAGGGACGCCCUCGACUCCCCGAGCCGCUCCAGGGGCCGCUUCGUCCACGCCGAGAUCGCGAAGGCGGGGAGGGAGGCGGAGGCCAGGAGGCUGGCGGGCGGCGGCAAGGAGGGCAAGGAGAACAAGGAGAACGGGCGCGAGGGCAAGGACGGCCACAGAGAGAGGCUGCGGCCGUCGCCGCUGUGCCUGCGGCGCCAGGGCUCCAAGGGCGACCUGCACUCGCCGACGGAGCAGCAGAAGUUCGGGCCCAUGCAGGGCUGCGUCACCAAGAGGAUCGAGAAGGGCAUGAUCUACUGACUCGGCUCCUGAAGGAACCGACAAUAAAGGAGGGAAAAGGAUGCGUAUGCUGACCAUGUCACAAAAUAUCACAAAGAGACGGAAACGGCAACGUGAUUCCUCGUACAGACUGUGACGCUGAAAGCUGUCAUGGUUUUAUGUAAGUAUCGGAUACCUCAUACACAAGGUGCCUUGUAUAUAAUGUAUGUAAAAGUAUAGUAUGAAUAUUUACAAUGCACACUUCAGGUGGUUGAUACCGUAAAGCAAUGCAAAAGUAAUAAUAAAAAGAAAACAAAUGAAAAAUAGGCGGAAGUGCACGGAAGGUACUGAAGAAAGACUUAAAAGAAGAAAAAAUGACUUUAGAUACCCUGAAAGUGCACGGAGCCAAAAGAGGAGACAGAGAAUGAAGAGACGCUGAUAAAGAGUGAAACUUACGUGACAAAAACACGUCAGAAGAUGGUGCUCGAUUUAUGAAAAUAAAAAAGUGAUGCUUUGAAGUGACUUCAUUCCUUAUAUUUUUACUUUUGGAAAUACUAUGCCCAGCCUUUUACAGUUUACAUUGGUGGAUAACAAUGAAUAUGUUCUCAUGUUGAGAUAAUGAUUUAAGAAAUAUUGUCUCAAAGCCAAGUUACAUUGUGUUCGUAAUAUGUAUUGCAUAUUAUCUCUGCGCUGCACGGUUGUCCUUACUUCGCUGAAAUAUCACAGAAACGCUGAACUAAGCCAGCUGAAAUUAUCCAUGGAAUCAGGAACCAUUCCAUAGAAUAAUACUAAAGCACUGGAUUGAAAUAAUUCUAAAGCAAUUAUCAGUAUUUACUAAUCAUAAUUCAGGAGACUUUAACGGCAUGUGCUUGGCCCAGAAGCUUUACCACUCUGUUUAGGGUUUUGUUUUUGUUUUUUUUAUUUUGCCUCCCUCUGGCGUGUGUCAGGAAACUCAGCUCUAUGGUAAUGAUAGGAAUAAAAUCCAAGUUUGAUGAUUAUAAAAUUAUUAUUAUUAUUAUUAUUAUUAUUAUUAUUAUUAUUAUUAUUAUUAUUAUUAUUAUUAUUAUUAUUAUUAUUAUUAUCAUCAUCAUCAUUAUUAUUAUUAUUUUCACGUUCACUAUCGCAGAGGACAACAAAUGAAAGUACACAAUAUAGUUUUGUUUUUCUUAAUUAUUUUUCCUGAGCGUGUUGUGGGAGUAAAGUUAUAUAUAUAUUCGUAUUUUCGAAUUACUUUUGUGGUUUUUGCAUUAUCAUUAUUAGGUAAUGGAUUCUGAUGAUUGUAUAGUGUUUAUUUCAUGAAAAUUGGGCUUCGAUUGUGUGUGUGAGGGAGAGGGAGUGAGAGUGAGAGUGAGAGUGAAUGAGAGAGAGUGAUAGAGAAUGAGUGAGUGAGUGUGAGAGUUUAACGAAAUCCUAAAACAGAGAAAUGAGGAAAGGUUUACAAAAUCACCUCUAAGGAAACAGUAUUUCAUCUUGCAACUUCAUAUUCUUUAGUUAUCCCUGUGCAAUAUCUUAUAGAAAAUGCUAUUGCGACUUAAAGCAAAUGAUAAUGAUAAGAAAGGUAGCAAAUUUGUAUUUAUGCAUUGUUAUUAUUAUUAUCAUCAUAAUUCUCUUGGUCAUUUUGUUAUUAUUAUUAUUAUUAUUAUUAUUAUUAUUAUUAUUAUUAUUAUCAUCAUUGUUAUCAUUAUCAUUACAGAAGAAAACAUUCUACUUAUGGGCAUAAAUUUCCUUUGUGUUUCUGGUUUAGGUGUAACCACUCUCUUACAUGUUUUAUGAGUCUAUUUCUGUAUAUUUUGUACAUAUAUUUGUGUACCUAUUAUAUAAACACAUAUGACUAUA